GUGUUGCAUCUUUUUUAGCAGUGUUGUACUUCAAGCCUGUCUUGUCGGAGGAUUUUUCCUAAUGGAAAUAUUAGGUCUUGAAAAUGGUGUUGGUUGGAUUUCAGAAACACUUAGUUUGAAAGUUUACAAAGAAUGAUUUUAUGGUUUUUUUGACUACUGAAUUUGCAUGGCUUUGGAAAGAAACAUGUCUGAUGGAUAACCCUGGUAUGAAGACCUUGAGAAACAACCACAUCUUUGGGAUAUUAUCUUGUGCUUUCUGUCUGCCGUUGGUAGUUUCCUUUGAAAAAGUGACCAUCCCAGCAGAGCUGAAGUCAGCUGUAGUGAAAAUUGUGGUCAACGCCACAUCCUGCAGUGUCACGUGUGGGCCGGGCUUCAAGCUGGAGGAGAUGUGCGAGAUCACUCCCACUGGAGAGAGGAGGAAUUGUACCUUGCGCAGGUCCAACUGCCUGACCAACUGGGUUUGUGGCUUACUCCACUUCACCGUCCCUGUGGGCAAACCCUUCCAGUUGAGCUGCCUGACCUCCGAUGCAGGCAGCUCUGGUAGCCGAGCCUAUAGCUAUACGUGGAGGCUUGCCCAAGGCCUUAUCACCACAAACGAUGUACUGUUCAAACCUUUCAAUAACCUGGAUUCUGUCGUCAAAUUUUCCCCUACCAGGGAGUCUGAUGCAGGGACCUACCGAUGUGAUGUGCAGAUGAUGAAGACGUUAAAAGUCAUCAAGAGGGUCUACUUUGGGGUCAGAGUGAUGCAAAAGAACUUAAUGGAUCUGAACUUUCAAAAAUUCUUGACCUGGGAACAGAAGUUAGCAGCAAAUGAAGAGGCAGGAAACACAGAAAAUAGCACCGAUGAAGAAGUGCAAGAGCAGCAGUACUUUUGGCGAGGACAAUUGUUUUAUGAAUGUUUGAUAGGAGUUGUAAGUGGGGUGCUAGGGGGUCUCUUGGUGAGCAUGGCUCUCUACUUCUUGCAGAAGAUUGUGGGAAGGAGAGCUGCGAAGAAACGAACUGCGAUUUAAUGCAAUUGCUUGUCUCUGUCUCUUCAUUAGUAUUGAUGCAGUAUUUCAUGGCGAUGUUUGUAAAUUUUUUUUUUCUGACACAGUUUAUUACCAAAUAUUUUCUUGAGCUUUGGAGUCUGAUAAGUUAGUGUAGGACAGUAGCACCAGAGCUUGAGUCUCAAUGGAGCAGUGCAGACAGUAGCUCCAGAUGGGGCACUUUGCCUCCACAGUGUGUGAAAGGGUGGUCUGGAAUGGUCCAGAUAGGAAUUAGAGGACAUUGAACCAGAGAAACUGCCCACUGCUUGCUGCUAACUACCUUGCUGUAGGUGUUUGGAUUUUUUUAUUUAGCUAAUAAGUUACGAUCCUGAUGCCUGUCUUAUUUCCUCAAAUUUCUUCUGCUUUGCCCAGAACUCUGUGGUGAUGUGAGCUGACACAGAUCAGUAUUUGGUAGGUGGUGUUUCUCCAGCAAGAGGUGCAGAGAAGUAAGGACACUCUGGAUGUGGGCUCACAAACCAGGUUUCCUGGCUCUCUGAUGUCCUUUCCAUCAGCUCCAAGUGGUUUGGUCUCAGCAGCUGUGGGGCAGAGUGGGGACGAGAGGUGGACCACCACUGCCU